UAAAAGGGCGUUUUCUGGUGCUAAAGGGGGCGUGCUCUAAAAUCUUUUGUUCUGCCCCCCCCCUGAACGUAGUGGCUGGCGCCGCCAUUGGAUGCAGUUCAAGGAAUGCUUCCUAGGACAGUCUUGCUCUCAGAAUUCGUUGAGGGUAGGUAACGUCGAUUGUUACCUUCGCUACUAUUAACGUCAACAUCGAUCAUCGAGACACACUUCCUUGAAUUUCAUUUAGAAUUUUACGAGAGGGUCCCUGUCUUUCAAAUGGACCAAAUAGAGCAAAAUUGAAUAAAGUUUUAGUGUUCUAGUUUCAACUGUGGCCUAGACGUUCGGUUUGUGGUCACUUUUGUCGUUUGAUCGGUCAGCAUUAGCGGUAUCGAUAUACACAGGUGGCCGGUUUCUGAAAGUGUCGGGCGGUACGACCUUUUGGCCCUCUCCUUAAUAAACCUGCCAUAAAGAAGUUAACCUGAGGCAAAAGUCGCCCAAUGCAUAUGUACUCAAGAAUUUCACUGUAUAAACAAUGAUUAGCUGAGAAUUCAAGUCGCCCAAAUCGUCCGCUAUACAUUUCGCCUCGACUGAAAUCAGGAUUGAGCAGUCUGGAAAAUAUGAGUUGAAUACAAUUUGAUACUCCUAAUAACAUCAACGCGUUCCUAUUCAUAAAGCUGGCUGUCAUCUGUGGUUUUAUUCCGCGGUCUAUCUAUCGUAUUCCAGCGACAAAAAUUCAAAUGCAGGCUGUAUUUUGAGUGGACAGUGGGUUGCGUGAUUGACAAAGUUGGAGAAAAUCCUAAAUUGUGGAAUGAAUUAUCGCAGCGCAUUUCUGCUUUUCGCUAUUUUAUGUGGCGGCUGCCUACUUUUACAGUACAGAUUCAGCUAUGUAUCAAUAUCGAGAUGUUUUUCUCAAAAAGGCUACGUUGCAACCAGAGUCGUCGAAAGAGUAUAUUUCGACAUCGAGCCAACCACAUCGGCAUCCAUCGCGCAAACACGGGAAAUUUCGACCCGAAAGACUGGAUCACCAACUAGGCCUAGUACGGAACCACCAACUCAGAGGCCUCGAUGCGAGCCCCAGAAUUAUGUCGUAUUUUUGAAGACGCACAAAACUGGAAGUAGUACGAUAACGAACAUCUUAAAUCGUUACGCCGAUUGGAAUAAUUUGACAAUGUUGCUUCCAAAUGAUAAACAGUUUUAUUCUUUCAACUGGCCAAAUAAAUUUCGACUAAGCUAUGCAAAGGACAACCACGGAGUCAUGCCAAACAUCCUUGCCAACCACGCUCGCUACAGUCGAAAGUCCAUGAAUGUUUUGUUCCCACGUAAAAGAACUUCAUAUAUUACAAUUCUACGAGAACCUGUUAAGCAAUGGGAGUCUACGUUCAGUUAUAUGAGCUUCCCUUAUAUUCUGAAUAUCUAUAAAAUGAAAGACCCUUUAAAUUUUUUCCUAAAUCAUCCUCCAUCAAUACAGAACAUACAGAAAAACGCGCGGCGGUUCCCCUCAAUACACUUGAUAAAGAAUCCACUGUUCUUUGAUCUGGGCCUAGAUUACAAAUACUAUGACAACAUAACGAUGAUUCGAAGAGCGUUGAAAACCAUUGAGAAAGACUUUGAUAUCGUUUUGAUGAUGGAACAUUUUGACGAAUCAAUGGUUCUGUUGAAAAGGAGGCUUUGCUGGAGCAUAGAUGACGUUGUUUUCUUUAAAACGAAUGAGAGGCUGAACAAAAAUAAACGUCGUGUACUGACGGCGGAGGAAGAAAACUUGAUUAAAAAAUGGAACACUGCCGACGUAGCGCUUUAUAACUAUUUUGUAGAUAAAUUUUGGAAAGAGAUAGAAAAAGAGGGCUCUGAUUUUUAUGAUGAUUUGCAAGAGCUAAAGGAACGCAAAAAAUACUACUUCAAUGCCUGUGUCGAAAAGGAGGCCGUAACAGAAGCGUACACGUCAGUUUUUGUAAAGGGUUACGAAAUGCGAAAAAAUUUGACUGGAGACUUGAAAAUUUUUUGUAAACGAAUGCUACGAAAUGAACUGGCCUAUCAAGAUUACUUCAAAGAUCAGUAUGCCAGUCGUGUGAUGGCACUCGAAGGGGAUACAAUAGAAAAUUUUGACGAUCAAUUCGAAGAGGUAGAUGUAGAUAUUGAGAGUGGAUCCACGUGGGGGGAAGAAGGUCAUGCUUAUAGUUAUGGCCUACCUCCGAAGCAACCAAAGGCAGCUGCUAAAAAUGUACAGCAAAGCAAGGCAGAUGUCAAUGAUGGUAGCAGUAUAAAGCAGAAUAACCCAACACAAGCCACAGUUGAAUCGCCUGUCAAGGAUAAUGCAAAUAAAGCCCUUACUAAAGAAACCGCUACCGUUGCAAAAGAUGAAAAAGUACAAAGUACAAGGCUGAAGAGCGUAGAUUCAAAGAAUGAAAAUUCUGAUAAGUUAAAAGAGAAUGAAAUAAACCCAACAACCAGUAAAAGUGUCACACUCAGUAACAAAGUAAGACCUACAAACUCUCAGACAUUGGAAGUCAUCCGAAAGAAAAAAUUGACAACACUUGCUAAACAUAUGAAUGAAUUAGAAAGUGUAGUAACCACCCUGCCGAAUGAUAAUCGACCUGAACUAACUACUGAAGAAGUAAUAUUAAAAACGACAGCGAUAACGGGGGUGAUAAGCAAGAAAAGGAAAGAAGCGCUCACUAAAACUCAUACGCAGAACAAGGUUAAGACAUCACCGUUGUUGAAAAGUACAAAAGGAAGUUACACUCGUUUUGAAAGUUCGGCAAAAAAAGCAUUGCCAGUUGAGUCAGCAAAUAAAGUUUUGGAUAUGGAUGAUCCAAAGAGAUACGAUGGAAAAUCAAUCAUUAAAUAAGCAGAAUAAUAUAACCUUAUUAGAACUGGUAUAGCCUUAUUAGCAUGUGGGGGCAGGUCGUUGCCCACUUCAGUAAUCUGAUUGACAAAUAAUAUGUGUUUGGAGUAGGAAAAUUUACAGAAAUUAA